GACGGUGCGCGUUUUAUUGGCAAUCGUCGACGAUAGUAGCAUAGAAUAAAGAUUAGAGUACGACUAUAGAACGACCACGCACGACAGUCGUCCGGUCGUCAUACAUCACUAUUUAAAUCAGUCGCGUCUCACUGCUCGUUCGGGUUUAUCGUUUCUACAGUUUUGCGGCGUCGAGCGUAGUUCCCGCGAUCCGACGACUAAAUUAUUAUUACUAUUAUUACAUUGUACUCGGUGUAGGUAAAAUACCGUUUAUAAUUUUUAAUCGCGUCGUUUACUCAUUUACCUUGGUCGUACGCAGUUUUCUUUAGUCAUGUUUUGCUAGCUAUUUUCGUUUGGUUUCUGUUUUAUUGCCCGCCGUGUUUUGUAUUCGUUACGUCAUAUUAUUUCGGAAGAGGUAUCUUGAUCCGAAUUCACGUCGAUCUCCAUCAUUAGCCUGCAUAGCAUCCAGUGAAAUAAAAUACAGUUCCACGAUGGAUUUGGAAUUCGACUCUCCUACGGUGUUAAUUGAAGAUGUCACAUUGCCUUCUUUGUUGACCAGUUUUAGUACAUCAACUACAAGUUCAGUAGAAUUUACAUCAUCAGAAUCAGAGUCAGAAACUACUCGAGUACCCAUUACAAAACAAAAAACUUACAAAGGUCCAAUAAAAUCAUAUUCAUUAGCUGAUUUGACGACAAUAAAGUCAUUCAAACCCCUGAUACGAGAAGAUUCAGCUAUUUAUUCUACAGAAACAUUAACCAGUGCCAUGACUUCUAGAACAGAAUCAGGUAUUCAUAAUUCGAAUAGUUAUCUGACUUCAUUAGGUAAAAAUAAGAAAAAAUAUGCACAUGUUGAAAGUAAAGUAAAACAAUACAUUAAGGAUAUUAAAGACAAUGAAGCUAAAAGUAAAGCUACUAGAUAUAGUUUACAACCUUCAUCAAGAAAACAGCAAGUAAAUAAAUAUGUUAAUGAAAUGAUUAAAACUGAAGGUGAAGAAAUUAUAAAUUUAAAAAGCAAUUUGAAAAAAAUGGAAAUUCAAUUAUUGGAGAAAAAUAGACUUAUAGAACAACUUCAAUACAAUUAUAAAGUAAUGGAAAAUAAAUAUAAUUCUGCAACAAAUAUCAUUUUAAAAUUGGCUAAACCUAGCAGAGAUGUGUUAAAAUUUACUGAAAACGAAUUAAUAGAGCCAUUAUCCCCGGGUUAUAGUAUACCACCACCUAAAGAAGUAUGGGGCCGUGGUUAUAAAUUAAAAUCAUCUAAUACGUUAUCAGCUAUAAGAAAAGAAAACUUAAAUCUAGAAAAAGAAAAUGGCCUUAAAGUUCGAAAAGUGAAAUCAGGAGGUGACUUAAUAAAUUAUUUCAAUAUUGAUGCCUAUAAGACACCGAGAGAUUCAAGAUCUGCUAUACAAAAGGUAAAAUUGUGGCAAGAAUCAUUGGCAAGCACUGAUGUAUCUGAAAUGGAUACAGAUCAAGAUGUAGGAUUUCCAUCACCACAUUCAUAUUCUGUAUCAUCUAAUGAUUUAUCGUUGAGUUCAUUAGAAAUUGCACCAGUGAUGAAUAAUAAAUAUCCCAAUAAACAUGAAUGUCGUAGUGAUUCAUCUGGUUGUGGUAUGUCUUCAACCAGAGUAUCUAAAGAAAAUACAUUAGUUAGCGGUAUUAAUAUAUUAAUUGAUAACAAUGAACUUUGCUCUCCCUGUGAAAUGGUAAAACUACAUUCUUCUACACCUAUAAAACAUAUUGGGCAUAAUUUAUAUUCAACUAAAAACAAAAACACAGCUGUAUCAAAUAAACAAAACGAUGAAUCACAAAAGCGCCGUUCAUCAAAAAAAUACAGAAAAACGAAAUCUAAAAUUGAAGAAAGCCAAUGCCCAAAUGAAGUCGAUGAAUUUAUGUGUCAAUUUAAACAUUGUAUUGGCGUCAUAAAUGGUGUAGUCACAAAAAUGGAAGAAAGCUUUAUGUCACAAAGAUAAAUUUUUUUUUAUUUAAAAUUUGUUGUGCCUAUUUUUGUACUCCAGUGUUAUAUAAUAAUGAAUUUAGUUUAAAGGUUUAUUAAAGGUUAUCAUUUAUACUUAUAUAUAACUAUUUUUAUAUUGAA